AUGGAGAUGUAUUUGAGGUGGCAGGUGGGUAUUAUUGCACUGGAAGGAACGUCAGUACGCCGACAGGAGCUCCUCGUGCAGAAGAUGACGAGUCGGUUGUGUCGAGUCGGUGCUGAAUUCUGUGACGAUGCUUUCCACGUGCUUUUUUGA